CUUGCCCAACUCAUGUCGCAUUUUUGUGACAGACUGGAUUGUUUUGCAUCCACUUCCUGUUUUCAUUCCACACUCCACAACUUCAGAAGGAACAUGGCUGAGUUGAACCGACAAUUACAAGAGUACUUGUCGCAGUCAAAAGGGGCGAAAACGAUUUCACAGUCCAGCUCUAGCACAACAAUAGACAUAGAUGAAGCGGAUUCCGUUCCUGGGAGCUGGUUUGGAAAGUGGUCAAGUCCUUUUUCAAAUCCCAGCAGCCGCGGAUCUACAGGCCAAGGGACGAGCAGCGGAUUUUCCUGGCCAUGGUCCUCGGAACCGGAUCCUUGUUUGCCGGGUAUGAGCCGCUCGCAGAGGCUCGUUGCUUUUGGGACUUGUAUAUUCUUCUCAGCAUUGUGCUUUGGACUGUCAGCAUUGUAUGCACCUUUGCUCUUGCUGAAAGCGCGGAAGUUCGCGCUACUUUGGUCGUUAGGCUCUCUUUUCGCUCUCCUUGGCGCAGCGAUACUGCGAGGACCCAGCAAGCUCAUUGCAACACCGACACCCGGCGCCGUGGUUUACCUUUGCUCCCUCGGAGGCACUCUCUACGCCGCUCUCAGCCUUCACAGCACUCUGCUGACAGCACUGGGAGCAGCUUUUCAGAUCGCUGCGAUCGUGGGUUACGUGGUCGCCUUAUUACCUGGUGGGACAGCAGGGAUGAGAUUUGUUGGUGGAAUGGCAGCCUCGGCCAUCAAAAGAACUGUCACGGGUAAAACCAUGCCAAUCUGAUUUGGUGUUAUUGCGAGGGUACUAUGGUAGAAAGCGCUUUGCUGUGCGCGCUCAUUGCUUUAUUACAUGGUACAUCGGACAGUCUCUUUGUAAACCAACAAAUAACCUGGUAAAAUGUACAAAGACAAUGUGUGCUUGCUGCAAAUUGCAACAUAUGGACCAAUUUAUGCGUCAUCGAUUUUUGACAGUCGUGGGACCAGAAUGUGAAAUACAACUCUCAAGAAGGGCAGACAUGUCUAACACGUUUGUAAAAACUGUGACAGCAAUUUCUAUGCGACAUUCCAGUAAAUAAUCAACCGUUAUUUUUAUUUGAUUAAAUUAUGGGAGGUGACUUUUGUUUUCACAAGGGAAUUGAUUUUUGAACUUGUGUGGAGUGAACCAACGCGUACCCGCAGGCCUGCUAUUCAGUCAACAUGUGAUGGUUAACAAGAUGUUGAAUGUUGCUAUGGUGGCUUUUUAGGAGCAUGAUAACACAAGGUGUGAAAUUAUCCAUUGCAAGUGUGUUAAUUUGAUCAAAAAAGAACCUUCACCUACAAUAAAGUGGUGAAACAAACA